CCUCCAUCUUUUUCACUACCCUCUACAACUAAAAACACAAAAAUGUCUGACGACGAGCACCACGAGACGUUCGAGGCCGCCGGUGCCGGUGCCUCGCUCACCUACCCCAUGCAGUGCUCGGCUCUCCGCAAGAACGGCCACGUCGUCAUCAAGGGCCGCCCCUGCAAGAUUGUCGACAUGUCGACCUCGAAGACCGGCAAGCACGGUCACGCCAAGGUCCACCUUGUCGCCAUUGACAUCUUCACCAACAAGAAGAUGGAGGACAUCUCGCCCUCGACCCACAACAUGGACGUCCCCAACGUCCGCCGUACCGAGUACCAGCUCCUCGACAUCCCCGACGGAUUCCUCUCGCUCAUGGACGGCGACGGCAACUCGAAGGACGACGUCAAGGUCCCCGACACCGACCUCGGCAAGGAGAUCGAGGCUGCCUUCGAGGAGGGCAAGGACCUCAUGGUUACCAUCAUCUCGGCCAUGGGUGAGGAGCAGGCCAUCUCUUGGAAGGAGGCCCCUCAGGAGAAGUAAAUGGUGUUAUGCACCCCUUUACUGUCGUAGUUUAGCAUUUGAUGGGUCUGUUGCAUCCAAUCGAACCUAUAUGUGGAGUCGAG